UCAGCCUGAUAUAGUUUACUUGCCGGUGUAUCCUCUGUGUGAAGCAAUGCAAAGAAUUUGUUUUGCUCACCUCACCUACAUUUAGAACUACUAGGGUGUGACGUCAUCACAUGCUCCAGGGUGACACAUAGUGGUAAAUGGUGGCAUUGACUGGAACAUUCAGGAGCUUCCUGGAACUUCAGGAGGCUGUACGUAUAUAAAGCUGAGAGCUCACUGUGCUGAAGCAGAACACAGCAGCCAAGGCUACACUAAGAGAAGUAACCACAGCAACAACUACCAACUCUCCCUGAAGAUGUUGAGCCUGCAUGGAUUCCAGCCCUCCCUCACUCCUUUUGGGGACUUCUGCUGGCCCGUGCGCAGUCUCUGGCCACAGGUCCGACCCCUGGACAUCCACAGACAUCUCAUGCUGAGGAACAUGGAGGAGAUGAGGAGCAGUUUGGAACUCCUUCAGAAUCUUCAGACUCAGAUAUUCCAAGAAGCCGACCAAAUCUCUACCUCAGAGGACAAUAAUUUAAUUCAGUGUCAACUAGAGAAGAAAGGAGAUGGUUUCGCUCUGACGCUGGACACCAAAGACUUUUCUCCUGAAGAGCUGUCAGUCAAGCAGGUGGGCAACAAGCUGCAAGUGAGCGGCAAGUCUGAGAAGAGACAGGAAGAUGGAAAAGGCUCCUACUCGUACAGGGUCAAGGCCUUCAGGAGGGAGAUUGAUCUGCCAGAGGGGGUGAAUCCUGAGGCUGUCACCUGCUCUUUAGCUGAGGGGAAGCUUCACAUUCAAGCACCUGGACAUCAGACACCUGCCAUCUCUGAGAGGGUUGUGCCCGUCAACUGCCAGACAGCAGAAUCCACAGAACAGUCUGAGGAGAUGACAAAAGGGGACAAUGCCACAGAUGCAGAUGGGAUUCAGCAGUGAGGGCGUUGCUGAAAAAGACCUGUCACUUCCCUUUACGUCACAAAGCUGGACUUUGAAAAAAUAGCCUAUGUAUUUGUUCUUAUGGUUCUUCAAGGCCAACUAUGAUUCUUUUUAUAUGAAAUGAUUUUGAUAUGAUAACUUUGUAAUGAGAAAUAAAGAUGUGAUUGAAAC